GCCCAGGUUGAUUUGGGCCUUAAGAUCACUGAGCCCAACAAGUAGCGACCCGAUCCAACUAGUAUUUGGAUCAAACCGGAUCCGAAUUUCUACCACCUCCGCCACUGCCACUGAUUAACCGAUUAAAAAAAUCCAGUGAAACGAGUGGCUCUCUUGGUAACCCAUUUUUCCCAUUAAUAACAGCAACAAAAACCCAUGGCCCCAGAAACUGUACACCAUGAAGGCAACAACAAUGAUUAACACUGUCACUCUCUCUAGCUCAACAUUUUGGCACCACUGCACAAAGCCCAUUUCAAGAAUCAACUUAAAUUUCAAGAUUAGGGCAUCAUUAACCAACAUGGCUACAAAGGUGGAACCUGCAAUCAUAGUUGGAGGUGGACGUGUGGGAAGAGCUUUACAAGAUUUGGGUAAUGGAGAUGAUGUUUUGGUUAAAAGGGGUGAACCUGUACCUGUUGAUUUUGUUGGUCCGAUUUUGGUUUGUACUAGGAAUGAUGAUCUUGAAGCUGUUCUUGAUGCUACUCCUAAAUCUCGUUGGAGCGAUUUGGUAUUUUUCCAGAAUGGGAUGUUGGAGCCUUGGUUCCAAAGUAAAGGCCUUGGUGAUGCAGACCAAGUUUUGGCGUAUUUUGCAGUAUCAAAGCUUGGUGAACCCCCAACUGAUGGGAAAACAGAUACAAAUCCAGAAGGAUUGACUGCAGCUUAUGGAAAAUGGGCAUCUGCAGUUGCUGCAAGAUUGCAUGCUGGAGGACUCUCUUGCAAGGUACUUGAGAAGGAGCCUUUUCAGAAGCAAAUGCUGGAGAAACUUAUAUGGAUAUGUGCUUUCAUGCUUGUUGGAGCUCGUCAUCCUGGAGCAACAGUAGGAGCUGUUGAAGAAGAGUACCGCUCUGAGGUAUCUGAACUGAUUGCUGAGCUUGCAGCAGCAGCUGCUGCAGAGAAAGGCCUGGUUUUUGAGGACGCCAUGGAGGAUAGGCUCUGCGCUUAUUCACGAGCAGUUGCACACUUUCCAACGGCUGUCAAGGAGUUCAAAUGGAGAAAUGGAUGGUUCUAUUCGCUAUCUGAGAAGGCAAUCGCAGAAGGGAAACCAGAUCCAUGCCCAUUACAUACUGCAUGGCUUAAAGAAUUAAAAAUAGUCGAAGGUAUAACGGUUACUUGAUAUAUUAUGAUUGUUGGGGCCCUCUAUUUUUGUUUUGGAGGAUGUAUAUGAUACAAGAGCUGCUGUAUCAUUUCACUGUAAUGUAAAAAAUGUCCUCCCAUGUUCGUAUUGAGUCGAUCCAUAUCUGCCUUCAUUGGUGAAGAAGCAUUUAGUUCUGUGACUUGACUUGCGCAGAAUAACAAGCACCAUGCUCAUUAUUUAUCCA